AUGAGCUCUUCAAGCCGCGGUCAACUGAUAACUUGCUUCAUUGGAAGUAACAUUGUUGCCCUUGGAGCUGGUACUCCAUACCUGUACAGUUACUACGCGCCGCAACUGCUAGAAAAAUGUAAGCUGCCAAUCUCCAAGUCUAGUACCCUCUCUUUUGCGCUGACGAUAGGGUCAGCCGCAAUGGGAUUUUUAGCUGGCAUGGUGAUCGAUCAGAAGUCUCCAGAGUUUUCGUGUGGGAUUGGCGCGCUUUGCACUUUUUUGGGCUACGCGACUUUGAAAUUUUGUUACACGAAUGAAAUCGCCAGCAUUAUACUGCUGUCUACUGCGGUUAUACUGAUUGGGUUUGGGUCUGUGUCGGGCUUUUACGGCAGUGUCAAGUGCUGUACAACCAAUUUUCCGCAUCAUAGAGGUACCGCAGGUGCGUUUCCAGUCUCACUGUAUGCUUUGGCUGGCCUUAUCUAUUCAUCUACUUGCGCAUGGCUGUUUCAAGAUCGUAUUGACGAGGUCUUCACCUUUUUGAUGUGCGUUUGCUCGUCUAUGAUAUUAAUUGGAUGCUUCACGCUUAAAAUUUUAGUCAAGUUUCCGGAAGUCAAAAGAAGAAACUCCUCUGUGCUUCAAUUUGAACAGCGGGACCAGCCGGAAGUUCAACUCUCACAGAGCCAACCUAUUGCAAUCAGGCAAUCACCAAGACUGAGCAGAAAUUCAAUGGGUAGCCACAAUGAUUACCGAUCUCUUGAAGGACAGUCGAUGCAAAGGAAAGAAUCUACGGAUUCCAGAUCGUCACUCGCGUCGCUCUUUCAAAAAUCAGAAUCCUACAUAUGGGCUCGGGAAUUACCGGGCUCACUUUCAUUCUGGGGGUGGGGUAAAACGCGGGCGCCCAGAGGUUCGGUGUCUCACAUAGGAUCUUCUAGACGCGAUAGUGAGUCAGCACACCAUCCUAGAGCUGAUGAUGGGCCACAUUUCAACGAGAACUAUCGUGUUGAGGGGCGAGAUUCGUUCAUGAAGAUGAGACCUGUUGAGCUGAACUCUGCCGAGACUCCUGAUUUCGUUGCCCCACAGCCAAUAGAUGUAGAUCAGCUCGCGACUUGGAAAGACAGUCAUCUAUAUCAGACCAUCACUCAGUUGAAGUUUAUUGCAUUGUAUCUCACUUUGGCUAUUCUUCAAGGCAUAGGACAAACCUAUAUUUUUUCAGUCGGCUUCGUAGUUGAUACCUUGGCGCACUCGUAUCCCGAAGCAAAAUUCAAUAAUGAAAAAGUACAAUCGCUUCAGGUCUCUUUGAUUUCAGUCAUGUCAUUUGGGGGACGGCUGUUAGCGGGUCCUAUAUCAGAUUUAUUAGUUAAAAAACUCGGAGCUCAAAGAGGCUGGUGUAUUCUCUUUGCAGGUGGCUUGAUGUUUUUAGCAUGCAGGCAGAUUGUAUCCGAUCCUGGAAAGCCUACCAUUUUAUUGAACAGCAGAUAUUCGUCCGUAGUGGAUAAUGUCUCGCUCUCAUCGGUGCUGUUCGGAUUUGGUUUCGGGAUAACCUUUGGCACAUUUCCGGCAAUUGUUGCAGAUCAAUUUGGCACAAAAGGCUUCAGUACAGUUUGGGGGCUUUUUACUACUGGUGGAAUGAUUAGCGUCAAGAUCUUCACGGCCAUUUUCGCGCGUGAUUUGGUUGCAAACACUGGGCCUGACGAGAAAGUUUGCAGCAGCGGUCCUAUUUGUUAUGCAAGCACUUUUCAUUUACUGUCACGGAUAGCACUCGUUGCCGCCAUGCUGAUUUCAUCCAUAAUGGCGGUGAGCUUUUGGAAAAAUUUAAAAAGACGGCAAACCCAAAGACAUCGGGUGGAUUUUGAAAUUGAUUCUUCUUAA